CAGCUCUUUUUCCCUCGGGGCUGCAGGAUGGGCCCACGUGCACAUGGACAUCAUUUCCCAGCUAUCAACACUAGGACCCCUUGAGAAGAACAAGAAGAAGAAGAAGAAGAAGCAGCAGCAGCAGAAGAGGCAGAAGAAGAAGAGGAGGAGGAGGAGCAGGCAGUGAGCCAGGCAGCCCAGCAGCCACAGUGUGUGAGCUGCUUCCCCGCCCCUGUGAGGUGAACGCGGCCGCGGAGCACCGACAGCAGGCGGUGAAAGGAGGUGGCAGAGCUGUCAGGAGGAAACCAAAACAUCCACAGAGCCGCUGUGAUCGCAGAGAGGAGCCGCGGUCAUGUUGUCUUAAAGAGCCGAGGCGCCGAGCUUCUUCCACCGCCGAGGUGUUCCCUUGUGUGUGUGUGUGUGUCCACCAUGUCGGAUAAGAUGUCCAGCUUCCUUCACAUCGGGGAUAUCUGCUCCAUGUACGCAGAGGGAUCCACCAAUGGUUUCAUCAGCACACUUGGCUUGGUGGAUGACCGCUGCGUUGUCCAGCCCGAUGCAGGGGACCUCAACAACCCUCCAAAGAAGUUCAGAGACUGUCUGUUCAGACUAUGUCCUAUGAACCGUUACUCGGCCCAGAAGCAGUUCUGGAAAGCAGCGAAGCCUGGAGGGAACACUGACACAGUGCUGCUCAACAAGCUCCAUCAUGCAGCCGACCUGGAGAAGAAGCAGAACGACUCUGAAAACAAAAAACUUCUUGGAACAGUAAUUCAGUAUGGGAACGUUAUUCAGCUCCUCCACCUGAAGAGCAACAAGUAUCUGACGGUGAACAAGCGUCUGCCUGCGCUGUUAGAGAAGAACGCCAUGAGGGUGAUGCUAGACACGGCAGGAAACGAAGGCUCCUGGUUUUACAUACAGCCUUUCUACAAACUACGCUCCAUUGGGGACAGUGUGGUGAUCGGGGACAAAGUGGUCCUGAACCCUGUGAAUGCUGGCCAGCCCCUGCAUGCCAGCACGCACCAGCUUGUGGAUAAUCCAGGAUGCAAUGAGGUGAACUCAGUCAACUGUAACACCAGCUGGAAGAUUGUCUUGUUUAUGAAAUGGAGUGACAAUCAGGAGAUCAUCCUAAAAGGGGGUGACGUGGUUCGGUUAUUUCAUGCAGAGCAAGAGAAAUUCCUCACAUGUGAUGAUCACAGAAGAAAACAAUAUGUUUUCCUUCGCACUACUGGACGGCAGUCAGCUACCUCGGCAACCAGCAGCAAAGCCCUGUGGGAGAUCGAGGUCGUGCAGCAUGACCCGUGCAGAGGAGGGGCGGGCUACUGGAACAGCCUGUUCAGGUUCAAACACCUGGCCACUGGACACUACCUGGCUGCAGAGGUGAAUCCAGAGUAUGAAGAGGAGUGCCUGGAGUCCCGCUCCUCACUGGACUCAGAGCAAGAAGCCUUGAGAGCCCGUUUGAGAAACGUCCAGGACAAAGUCAUGUACACUCUAGUGUCCGUUCCUGAUGGAAAUGACAUUUCCUCCAUAUUUGAACUGGACCCCACCACCUUGAGAGGGGGGGACUCACUCGUACCCAGGAACUCGUACGUGCGCCUCAGACACCUGUGCACCAACACGUGGGUUCACAGCACCAACCAACCAAUUGAUAAGGAGGAGGAGAAACCCGUCAUGCUGCGUAUCGGCACAUCUGCACUGAAAGAGGACAAAGAGGCAUUUGCCAUUGUGCCUGUCUCUCCAGCUGAAGUGAGAGACCUUGACUUUGCCAAUGAUGCCAGCAAAGUGUUGGCCUCUAUCGCUGGAAAGCUUGAAAAAGGCACCAUCACUCAGAAUGAGAGGAGAGCGGUCACUAAGCUCCUGGAGGAUCUGGUGUUCUUCGUUGUGGACAUUCCCAACAACGGACAGGAUGUUCUAGAGAUCAUGGUCAACAAACCGAACAGAGAGCGACAGAAACUCAUGAGAGAACAGAACAUUCUCAAACAGAUCUUCAAGCUGCUGCAGGCUCCCUUCACAGACAGUGGUGAUGGGCCCAUGCUGCGACUGGAAGAGCUGGCUGACCAGCGACAUGCCCCCUUCAGACACAUCUGCCGCCUGUGUUACCGGGUUUUGCGUCACUCUCAGCAGGACUACCGCAAGAACCAGGAGUAUAUCGCUAAACAGUUCCGCUUCAUGCAGAAACAGAUCGGCUAUGACGUCCUGGCCGAGGACACAAUCACGGCUCUGCUCCACAACAACCGCAAGCUGCUGGAGAAACACAUCACUGCUGCGGAGAUCGACACAUUCGUUAGUCUGGUCCGCAAGAACCGAGAGCCAAGGUUCCUGGACUACCUGUCAGACUUGUGUGUGUCAAUGAAUAAGUCCAUCCCUGUGACACAGGAGCUCAUCUGUAACGCAGUGCUGGAUCCAGCUAACGCAGACAUCCUCAUAGAAACAAAUAAUGUGAUGAGGUCUAUUCAUGGGGUUGGGGAGCUGAUGUCCCAAGUAGUUCUUAGAGGAGGAGGCUUCCUUCCCACAACGUCCACCAACAGCUCGAAUGGAGACACAGUCAAGACUCAGACUGAACCAGAGAAGCAGGACAUACUGGUCAUGGACACCAAACUUAAAAUCAUAGAGAUCCUGCAGUUUAUCCUGAAUGUCCGUCUGGACUACAGGAUCUCCUGUCUGCUGUCCAUAUUUAAGAGGGAGUUUGAUGAGAGUAACUCUCAGAGUGAAUUAUCUGUAACUGGAGCAGUGGAGGGACCAAACAACAUGCCAGGUGCUUUGGAUUUCGAACACAUAGAGGAGCAGGCCGAAGGGAUCUUUGGUGGAAGUGAGGAGAACACCCCGCUGGACCUGGACGAUCAUGGCGGUCGUACCUUCUUGAGGGUCCUCCUCCAUUUAACCAUGCAUGAUUAUCCACCUCUGGUGUCCAGAGCUCUACAUCUGCUCUUCCGGCACUUCAGCCAAAGGCAGGAGGUUCUGCAGGCGUUCAAGCAGGUCCAGUUGUUGGUCACCAGCCAAGAUGUAGAAAAUUACAAGCAAAUAAAGUCGGACUUGGACCAGCUGCGCUCCAUCGUGGAGAAGUCUGAGCUGUGGGUGUACAAGAGGCAGGGGCCUGAUGAAGGCAUGGACACAGGAGAGGGACUGUCCACUGAGUCAGAAAAUAAAAAGGGAGACUCUGGGGGCACAGACAAACCGAAGAAACCAGAAAGUACGAGCAGUUACAACUACAGAGUGGUGAAAGAGAUCCUGCUGCGGCUCAGCAGGUUGUGUGUCCAAGAAGGUCUAUCAGGUAGGAAGAGCAAGAAACAGCAGCAGAGACUUUUGAGGAAUAUGGGAGCUCAUGCCGUGGUCCUAGAGCUCCUACAGAUCCCCUAUGAGAAGGGAGAAGAUUUACGUAUGCAGGACAUCAUGAAGCUCGCCCAUCAGUUCCUGCAGAACUUCUGUGCAGGAAACCAGCAGAACCAAGCCCUGCUGCACAAGCACAUCAACCUUUUCCUCAACCCAGGGAUUUUGGAAGCCAUCACCAUGCAGCACAUCUUCAUGAACAACUUCCAACUGUGUAGUGAGAUCAACGAGCGGGUGGUGCAGCAUUUUGUCCACUGCAUCGAGACUCACGGCCGCAACGUCCAGUAUCUCAAGUUCCUGCAGACCAUUGUCAAAGCAGAGAAUAAGUUCAUCAAGAAGUGUCAGGACAUCGUCAUGGCAGAGCUCGUGAAUGCCGGCGAAGACGUUUUGGUCUUCUAUAAUGACCGUGCCUCCUUCCACACAUUGGUCCAGAUGAUGCGGUCGGAGCGUGACCGCAUGGAUGAAAACAGUCCUUUGAUGUACCACAUUCACCUGGUGGAGCUCUUGGCCGUCUGCACCGAGGGCAAAAACGUCUACACAGAGAUCAAGUGUAACUCUCUGUUACCACUGGAUGACAUAGUGCGUGUGGUAACACACGAGGACUGCAUCCCUGAGGUGAAGAUCGCCUACAUCAACUUCCUGAACCACUGCUACGUGGAUACUGAGGUGGAAAUGAAGGAGAUCUACACCUCAAACCACAUGUGGAAACUCUUUGAGAACUUCCUGGUUGACAUUUGCAGGGUGUGCAACAAUACGAGUGAUCGUAAACAUGCGGACACCGUUCUGGAGCGCUAUGUGACAGAGACGGUCAUGAGCAUCGUGACAACUUUUUUCAGCUCUCCUUUUUCUGACCAGAGCACCAGCCUGCAGACCAGGCAGCCGGUCUUUGUGCAGCUGUUGCAGGCUGUGUUCAGGGUCUACCACUGUAACUGGCUGGUCCCAGUCCAGAAGGGCUCUGUGGAGAACUGUAUAAAGGUGCUCUCUGAUGUUGCUAAAGGCAGAGCUAUAGCCAUCCCAGUGGACCUGGACAAUCAAGUGAACAAUCUGUUUGUCAAGUCCAACAACAUCGUGCAAAAGACCGCCAUGAGCUGGAGACUGUCUGCCCGCAACGCCGCACGCAGAGACUCUGUGGUGACUGCCUCACGCGACUACAGGAACAUUAUCGAGAGGCUGCAGGACAUUGUGUCGGCUCUGGAGGACCGUCUGCGUCCUCUGGUCCAGGCUGAGUUGUCAGUUUUGGUGGACGUGCUGCAUCGGCCUGAGAUGCUCUUCCCCGAAAACACAGACUCACGCAAGAAGUGUGAGAGCGGGGGUUUCAUAUGCAAGCUGAUCAAACAUACCAAGCAGCUGCUGGAGGAAAAUGAGGAGCGGCUGUGCAUCAAAGUUCUGCAGACGCUGCGAGAGAUGAUGACUAAAGACCGAGGUUAUGGAGAGAAGGGCGAAGCGCUGAGACAGAUUCUGGUGAACCGUUACUAUGGCAACUUCCAUCGGAGUGGUGGGCGGAGGGACAGCCUGACGUCAUUCACGAAUGGCCCCCUCAGUCCGGUAGGACCGAGCAAAAGCCAAUCAGCCUUAGGGGGCCCCGGGGGCCUGAGUCGCGGUGAAAUGAGCCUGGCAGAGGUGCAGUGUCACCUGGACAAAGAGGGAGCGUCUGACCUGGUUAUUGACCUCAUCAUGAACACCACCAGUGACCGAGUCUUCCAGGAAAGCAUCCUCCUGGCCAUAGCAUUGCUGGAAGGUGGAAACACCACCAUUCAGCAUUCCUUCUUUUGCCGCCUGACAGAGGACAAGAAAUCAGAAAAGUUCUUCCGGGUUUUCUACGAUCGUAUGAAAUUGGCCCAGCUGGAAAUCAAAGCCACAGUGACGGUUAAUACCAGUGACCUAGGAAACAGGAAGAGGGACGAUGACAGCCAAGAUAAAGACGUCCCCGUCCGCAAAAAAGCCAAAGACUCCACCGUGGUCAUGACAGAGGAUGUGAGAGAGCAGCUAAUAGAGGCCUCGUCCGCCACCAAGAAGGCCUUCAACUCCUACCGGCGAGAGGCCGAUGCCGAUGAACACUUCACCGCAGCAGACGGCCAGCCCAGCACAGGAGACAAGAACCAGGACGAUGGAGAGAUGAGCUUUGUCAUCGUCAUCAUGCAGCCGAUACUUCGCUUCCUCCAGCUUCUGUGUGAGAAUCACAACCGUGACCUGCAGAACUUCCUCCGCUGUCAGAACAACAAGAACAACUACAACCUUGUGUGCGAGACUCUGCAGUUCUUAGACUGUAUCUGUGGCAGCACCACUGGGGGCCUCGGCCUGCUGGGGCUCUACAUCAAUGAGAAGAAUGUGGCCCUCAUCAACCAAACUCUGGAGAGCCUCACAGAGUACUGCCAGGGCCCCUGCCAUGAAAAUCAGAAUUGCAUCGCCACCCAUGAGUCCAAUGGUAUUGAUAUCAUCAUUGCUCUGAUCCUUAAUGACAUCAACCCGCUUGGGAAAAAGCGAAUGGACCUGGUGCUGGAGCUCAAGAACAAUGCGUCCAAGCUGCUGCUCGCCAUCAUGGAGAGCCGCCAUGACAGCGAGAAUGCUGAGAGGAUCCUGUACAACAUGAGACCUAAAGAGCUGGUGGAGGUGAUAAAAAAGGCCUAUCUGCAGGGUGAGGUGGAGUUCGAAGAUGCAAAGGAGGAGGAGGAUAACGGGGAAGAGGAGGAACAUGAUGCCGCCUCCCCCAGAAACGUUGGACACAACAUUUACAUUUUAGCUCACCAGCUGGCGCGUCAUAACAAGGAGCUGUCCAUGAUGUUGAAGCCUGGAGGGCCCAGUGGAGAGGGAGAUGAGGCCUUGGAGUUCUACGCCAAACACACGGCUCAGAUAGAGAUUGUGCGUCACGACCGAACAAUGGAGGAGAUCGUGUUCCCUGUGCCCAACAUCUGCGAGUUCCUGACCUCGGAGUCAAAACUGCGAAUCUACUACACCACCGAGAGAGACGAGCAGGGCAGCAAGAUCAACGACUUCUUCCUGCGAGCAGAGGACCUCUUCAACGAGAUGAACUGGCAGAAGAAACUCAGAGCCCAGCAGGUGCUGUACUGGUGCUCCAGAAACAUGUCGGUGUGGAGUAACGUCUCCUUCAACCUGGCUGUGCUCAUGAACCUGCUGGUUUGCUUCUUCUACCCCCUGGAGGGGGUACACGCAGGUAUGCUCGACUCCCACCUGUCUGCGCUGCUGUGGAUGGGAGUCUUGGCGACACUGGUCAUCGUCAUCAUCAUGCCACAACCACUGGGCAUCCGCGCCCUGGUCAUCGUCACCAUCCUCCGUCUCAUCUUCUCUGUCGGCCUGGAGCCCACCCUCUUCCUUCUGGGGGCCUUUAAUGUUUGUAAUAAAAUCAUCUUCCUCAUAAGUUUUGUGGGGAAUCGAGGAACCUUCACGAGAGGCUACAAAGUCAUGGUGCUGGACUUUGAGUUCCUCUACCACCUCAUGUACCUCAUUAUCUGCUCCCUGGGGGUGUUUGUCCACGUCUUCUUCUACAGUCUGUUGCUGUUUGACUUGGUCUACAGAGAAGAGACCUUGCUCAAUGUGAUCAAGAGUGUGACACGUAACGGACGCUCCAUCGUACUCACCGCCGUGCUGGCGCUCAUCCUUGUCUACCUGUUCUCCAUUGUUGGCUACAUUUUUUUCAAAGACGACUUCAUCCUGGAGGUGGAUCGGAUUCCCAACACGACCAUGAAAAGUGGAACCAGUCUGGCCAGCGAGUUUCUGUCUGAGGAAAUGUGUCGAGGAGGGAUUGAUGAGAACUGUACCACAGGGACUCAGCAGGAAGACUUUGGCAAUGACAGUGAGGAGGACAGCGAUAUGGAGCGGACGUGCGACUCUUUACUCAUGUGCAUCGUCACUGUGCUGAGUCACGGCCUGCGGAGUGGAGGGGGUGUCGGGGAUGUUCUCCGCAAGCCUUCCAAAGAGGAACCGCUGUUUGCUGCCAGAGUCAUAUACGACUUGCUGUUCUUCUUCAUGGUCAUCAUCAUUGUCCUCAACCUCAUCUUUGGUGUCAUCAUCGACACCUUUGCUGACCUGAGGAGUGAAAAACAGAAGAAAGAAGAGGUGCUGAAGACGACCUGCUUCAUCUGUGGUCUGGAGCGGGACAAGUUUGACAACAAAACGGUGACUUUCGAGGAGCACAUCAAAGAGGAGCACAACAUGUGGCACUACCUGUUCUUUAUCGUGCUGGUGAAAGUGAAAGAUUCCACCGAGUACACGGGCCCUGAGAGCUACGUGGCUGAGAUGAUCAAGGAGCACAACCUGGACUGGUUUCCACGGAUGCGCGCCAUGUCUCUGGUGAGCAGCGACGCGGAGGGUGAGCAGAAUGAAAUCAGGAACCUGCAAGAGAAGCUGGAGUCGACCAUGAGACUGGUGGCCAACCUGUCCGGACAGCUGACUGAGCUCAAGGAGCAGAUGACAGAGCAGAGGAAGCAAAAGCAACGAAUCGGCCUCCUGGGACAUCCCCCUCACAUGAACAUCAACCCCCAGCAGCCCGCCUGAGGAUUCCCAGGUUUCACUAGUGCCUGCGUGCUCCUGAUGGUGUGCCAAGUGCGAAAUGGGAGAAUGCCAAAAAAUGUGUCCUUCUCCAGCACUGUAUGUAUUUAUGUCCGACCGUAUGCUUCAGCAGACAUUCCUACAAUAAGUGUUUGUGAAUGUCUAUGAAGGGAAAUUUAUCUGAGUAUGUUACUCGUGGCCUCAAGUGCAGAUGUGUAUGUGAGUGGAGUUUGUGCACCAAGUGCCUCGGGACCUGAAAAGCCAGUCUUGUAGGUUUGAGGAGAUGUAAACACUGACUUCAGCUUUACUAGCCUGGAUGCCUUCUGCGUUGUACCAUACUGACUGCAUGCCAAAGUCCAGCCAUUGUUCCUGAGGGAGUAUUCCUCACGAGUGGCCUUGUGUUGAGGUUUUAAUCCUCAGUGUUGCACCACCAAACUCAGGUCACAUGGAUUUGACGGUUUGUUUGAACUCUACAAUACAUUUUUUGAGAUUUUUUUUGUCUGACAGCAGAAAUAUUCAAUAAUAUGCAAAACCUAAAUAAGUAAAUGAAAUUAUACCAUCAUACAUGUAAAACAAGGAGACCACUCCUCUAUACAAACCUGAAGAAUUCCAAUUAUUUUCCAAUGUUUCUACAGCAUUGUUAGUUCAUGAAGACAUUCAUUUACUUUUGUAAUAUUUCUAUUAUCUCAAAUGAAGGUUCUACUUGUUGCAGGACACUAUUUUUUUUAACUAUGAUGUUUGAAUAAUGACCUGUAUGAACGUACUGGACGGCAGGAGAGAGUCGUGUGACUGCAGUUCAAUGCCAUGCUCGAUCAUUUGAAUUUCAUGGAGACACAAUAGAGGCAUAAAACCAAACUUAAAGGACUUUUGGGAGCUAACCGUAAAUUAGAUUUAUUAUUAUUCUUUUGUGCACUAAAUUAUUUAAUCCUCCUUUAUUUCAUUUAGUCCUGAAGCACUGAUGUUUUCUGUAGCACACACAACAAUUGUUACUUUUCGGUUGGUCACUUUGGAAAGAACCACAGCAGAAUGUGAGCCGUGUGUGUGUGUGUGAGUGUGACUGGAGAAAAAUAGAUGAAGUAAAAGAUGUCAUUCGAAGUGUUGCUUGACCGAACUGAACUUUUCUACUAAUAGAUGGUUUGUGUCUGAAUUGUACAUUCCAUUCUUGGAGUAUAUAUUUAAAUAAACAAGUGUGUAAAACGAUAUGAGGGUGAGUGUUAAACAGCAUGGGACCAUGAACAUAUGAGAAAAUAAGGUGUCACUUGAAUGGUGGCAUUUUUCAUUACAUGACAACUGAUAAUAUGUUGGUAACUAUUUAUCUCAAAUGCAGCAGUCAGAUUAAUGAAGCCUCAUGAGGAAGUACAUCCUCUACACAUGAGGAAGUGCACAUAUCUUGUAGCCAUGUGGUAUGAGGAAACACAGUAUGUUAACAUGCUGAGUACAGAGGUGACCAGAUUUAGUUUUUUAAGAUGUUCACUGUUCUUUUUACUUAGAUUUCCUGAAGACUAAUAUUACAUUCGAAAUAUAGCCCCAACAAACCUACAUUUUGCAUCCAAAGAAAAUUAUCAUUAUCAUUGUGAAAUGUUUUGAAACAGCCUGUUGUAACACUUGUCAGUGGACGUAUGUAUCACAUAAACUAAUGCAAUACUUAAAUGGCUUAAGCCAAUUUACC